GUUGUUUACUUUGAUAGUUGAUCGUUCAACUCACGAUCUAGAUCUAGAAUCUAGAUCUUACCAACUUACUACUAAAGAAAAGAUAUAAUCUAGAUUCUAUAACUGAUUGCUUUCUAGAUCUAGCUCAAAACACAUAAUUGAGGCAAAACAUGGGAAGGCAUAAAGAAAAAAGUAAAAAACAUAAGAAAGAUUAUGAAUAUCAUCACAAAAAAAGCAAAAAAAGGCACAGAUCUGACAGUGAGAUGUCUGAUUCUGACAAGUCUGAUUCCUCCUCGGGAUCAUCUUCCCCUAAAAAUUCGAAGAAACGCCAUCGAUCAAGAAGUGACAGCAGACAUAGAUCAGACUCAAGGAGAGACAACCGGCAUCGGUCGGACUCAAGGGGUGACAAGAGACAUAGAUCUGGAUCUAAGAGUGACACACAGUCUAAUGAUUCUAUUCAGCAAUUGACUGCAUUGGAAGAAAGAAGGAAAGAAAAGGCUUUACUAAAAGCUUUAGAAACACCAGAGGAAAAAAGAGCAAGAAGAUUGGCCAAAAAGGAAGCAAAAGAGCGUAAGAGAAAAGAACAGAUGGGCUGGGAUAAAGAUUAUCUGGGUUAUACCAAUGUAGACAACCCAUUUGGAGAUGAACAUUUACUGGACACUUUUGUGUGGACGAAAAAGCUGGAGAAGGAAGGUAAAAAAGACUUUGCUGCUGAAGAUUUACAAGCUAUAGCUCGAUCUAAGAUGCUGCAAAAUAAGGCUGAGUUGGAGAAAGUGAAGAAACGUCGACUUGAGCGUGAACGUGAGCAGGAGGAGAGGGAGAGGGAAAGGGAAAUGUUACAACGAGAGAAAGAAGCUGACUAUUACAAAGAAUGGGAAAAACAGGAAGAUGGUUUUCACCUGAGCCAAGCCAAGCUUAGAUCAGAGAUAAGAAUAAAAGAUGGACGGGCAAAACCAAUUGAUUUACUGGCCAAGUACAUCAGCGCAGAAGAUGAUGAGUUGGCAGUAGAGAUGCAUGAACCAUACACAUAUCUUUAUGGAUUGACCAUCCAAGAUCUUGAAGACUUACUGGAGGACAUUAAAGUUUAUUUAGAGCUGGAAGAAGGGAAAAAUGCUGACUAUUGGAGGGACAUUAUUACAGUCACCCAGGAUGAGUUGGUCAAACUUAGGAAGUUGGACUCUAGAGAAUUUAUUGGGGACAGGCGAGAUGGAAUCAAUCAAGCUGUCACAUCUGAGAUUGGAGAUAUCUUUAAAGGGAAGACAACCAAUCAACUCAAGCUCCUAGAGAAACAAAUCAAAGACAAACUCAGUGGUGGUGAAGGCAUUGAUGUUGGCUACUGGGAGUCUCUGUUACAGCAGUUGAAAGCUUAUAAAGCAAGAACUAGACUCAGGGAAAGGCAUCAGGAAGUUUUACGGCAAAAACUUUUUAAGCUUAAACGUGAGCAAGGCAUUGAGUCUGGGCCUUUGUUUCCUGUUGUUACAACAGAGAAGCCAGAGUCAAGUAAAUCUGUACAUGAGUCAUCACCUCAACCAGGACCAUCACAAGAGCCAUCAGACAGCGGGCCAGUUGAAGAAGAGAAAAAAGAAGAGGAAGAAGAAACAAUAACAGAAGAAGACAUGCAAGAAAUGGAAUAUAUCAAGGGAGGAUACUCUCCCAGAUUAUUUCAAGCUGAAGAUCUCACUCUUGAUGCUGUUGUUUAUGAUGAAGCUGAUGAUAACAAAAAAUUAGACUUGGCAAGAAAACAGGUGUUUGCUACUGGACGAGUGAGGACUGAUGGUGAGACAGAGUUUGAAAAGAAAGCCAGGGAAGGAAUGGAUUUGGAUGAGGCUCAAUUUAGCGUUGAACUUAAUUUGGAUCAGCAGUCAUUUAUGUGGUCAGAUAAAUACAGGCCUCGAAAACCUCGCUUCUUUAACAGAGUACACACAGGUUUUGAAUGGAACAAGUACAAUCAAACACAUUAUGACAUUGACAACCCUCCACCAAAGAUUGUCCAAGGCUAUAAAUUCAAUAUUUUCUACCCAGACCUCAUUGAUAAAGCAAAAACUCCAGAAUAUUUUGUGACCCCAUUAGAAGGCAGCAAAGAUUUCGCUAUGCUUAGAUUCCAUGCAGGCCCACCUUAUGAGGACAUAGCCUUCAAAAUAGUAAACCGUGAAUGGGAAUAUUCAUAUAAAAGGGGUUUUAGGUGUCAGUUUCACAACAACAUUUUUCAACUCUGGUUCCAUUUCAAGCGCUACAGAUACAGACGAUAAAUUUUUAUUUACU